GAAAUGCAUCACUGCGCUGGAUGAUGCGAAAGUACCUUCGGACAGGCGCAGUAAGUUGAGUCUGGAUGCCAUGACCAUGAUUAAAAUGCUGGAAAGGGAUCCGCAAACUGUUAGACAAGCGGAAAGGCAAAAGAAAUUGGGUGAGCCAAAACUGACAAUGGCCAUACCCGAUGAGAAGGAGUUUGUCAGUGAUGCAGUGCGCAUCGAUCAGAGUUGUUCGGAGGGUAGAUUUGCGCGCGCUGCCACCGAUAUUAUGGUGGGCGAGGAAAUUUUGGUGGAGAAGCCUUUUGUCGCAGUGCUGUUGGAGAAGUACUCUAAGUCGCAUUGCGAUAAUUGUUUUAUAAGAACCGCUAUACCAGUUGCCUGUCCAAAGUGUGCUGAUGUCCUGUACUGUUCCGAGGAGUGCCUAACCAAAGCCAGCACCACUUAUCACAAAUAUGAAUGUGGACUUUUGCCCACAAUUUGGCGCUCUGGUGCAUCUGUAAAUUGUCAUAUGGCUCUGCGCGUUCUUGCUAAAAAAUCUUUGAACUAUUUCUUAAAUACUAAGCAAGAUAUCGACAAGGAGUUAACCAUUGAGGAAAUACUCAAACUGCCCAUCGAUGACUACAGACGAGUAUCCCAUUUGGAGCGUCAUGAAAAAACACGUCCACCAUCGAACUUUUUCCAACAUGCACUGAUGGCCCGCUUCCUAACAAAAUGUCUCGCAGAAGCUGAUUACUUUGGUGCAUCGCCCAAAGCUGAAGAUCUGGUGACUAUUGGCGGCAUACUUUUGCGCACUUUGCAAUUCGUACAAUUUAAUACGCACGAAGUAGCCGAAUUGCAUGAGAAGAAGGCAGAUAGCAAUGAGAAGACGGUAUUCAUUGGUGGUGGACUCUAUCCGACAUUGGCGCUCUUCAAUCACUCCUGCGAUCCGGGUGUAGUGAGAUACUUUCGCGGCACCACUAUACACGUGAACACCAUACGCCCCAUCGAGGCUGGUCUACAAAUUGCAGAGAAUUAUGGUCCCAUUUAUACGCAGGAGGGGCGCGAAAAGCGUCAAGCUGAACUUAAAAAACUCUACUGGUUCGAUUGUACAUGCGACCCGUGCUUGGAAAAUUGGCCCACCUUCGAUCAGCUGCCAACCGAUGUCAUACGCUUCCGCUGCGACGGCCCCAAACAGUGCAGGGCAAUUAUUGAGGUGCCGGCGACGUGCAAUGAUUUCAUGAUCAAAUGCGUGACUUGCGGCGAGAGCACGAACAUCUUGAAGGGCCUCAAAGUGAUGCAGGAUACCGAAUUGAUGACACGCACUGCCAAGCGUCUCUAUGAUGCGGGCGAUUACGCGAAGGCGUUGAAUAAAUUCAUUGACCUACUACGCAUUAUGUACGAGGUGCUGGCUCCGCCCUUCCCCGAUUUCUGUCAAUGUCAACNCAUGCGCACUAAAUAA